UACAUUUUUGCAAUUAAUAAAAGCCGCACAGUGGGACUAUGGAGGAAAUAUGCAGAGUUUGCAGGGCAAACUCCGGACCAUUCACAAAUAUUUUUGAUGAGACACACACAUGGGACACUUGCAUUGCUGACAUGAUAUCACAGUGCACUGGGUACGCGGUUAGCCGAGGCGAUUUACUACCAGAAAACAUAUGUCCGCCUUGCCUUGAGGAUGCUGUAAAUGCAUUCAAUCUUAUAAAAACAUGUGAGCAGAGCCAUACACUCUUUUUAACACUGAUGGAAGACGAUAGAGAAGAAGACAAUUUGGAAGGCGGGGAUUGGGAACCCUCAGACAUUGAAAAUGAGCAAUCGAACCAAUUAGAAACCGAUGAAGAGAUACACCAAUCGCUUACAAAAAAUUCCGAGCUCAACGAACACACCUGUAUUCACACUGUGGAGCUGCCGCACAAGUGUACACACUGCUCCAAGUCAUUUGCUCGAUCCGAUAGUCUCCGGAUUCAUAUCCGAUCGCACACGGGUGAACGACCUUACCAAUGUCCUCACUGCUACAAAUCGUUUAGCAAGGAAGAACCUCUACAUAUUCACAUUUGUACACACACGGGUGAACGACCAUACAAAUGUUCUCACUGCUCGCAGUCAUUUCAACAAAAAUCUCAUCUCCGAGAACACACCCGGAUUCACACUGGCGAACGACCGUUCAGGUGUUCUUACUGCUCAAAGUCUUUUAAACAAAAAUCAAAGCUUGAUAGACACAAUCUUACUCACACAGGGGAACGACCCUACCAAUGCACUCAGUGCUCGAAGUCAUUUCAGGAAAAGUCGAAUCUCCAGGUACACCUCCGUUCUCACAAGUGCAUCCACUGCUCAAAGACUUUUAGAUACAGAAACAGUAGCUACCAAAGACACAUACUAACGCACACAAGCAACGACAACUGUGCCAUUCCAUCACUCUUCGAGAUCACAGCCGUAAGAACGCUGAGAGAGGAUGAUACGAUCGCUCCUACUGCAGAACAAGAUCUUUAA